GAGUAGCAGCCCGAGGAAGUAAAAGAAGUAAAUUGGUCUCCGUUUUAUCUCGAAAAACUAGCCAAUUACUUAGUGAAUUUCGGCCGGAAACUAGUACCGAAAGGUGCCCCGUAUUAGUGGCCAACGGAUGUGAUAGAUUUUCUGUAGCCAUGGACGGCUUCGGUGCCGGGAAAAGUGUUUUCCAGGCAGCGGUCCAGUUCGCUGUGUAGAGGAAAAAGUGAGCCGAGAAGAAAAAAAUGUUCCAGCCUGACGUCACACAGCUCACCAGCAGCAGCAGCCCUCGUAGUCGUAGCCGUCGUCUUCGUCGUUGUUCUCGAAAGAAUGUGCAGCGAACGAAUGUGUUUGAUAUGAAGAAAGUGACUAACAAGUGAAUCUAAAAAGUUUACCGAACGAGCUUAAAGUCGUGAAAAAACAAACAAUUUUCGAACCCCAGUGAAUUGUGUUUGUGGCAAUCAAAAAAUUAGCAACAUCCAGCAUGUACACGAUGGAUGACAAAAACUCUUCCGGCAGCGGUGGCGGAACGAGUGGCAGUGGCUGCGGCGGAGAGACCAAGGUCAUCUACCAUAUCGACGACGAAACGACACCGUACCUGGUUAAGAUCCUACUUCCAUCGAGCCAGGUCACACUGAAGGAUUUCAAGCUGGUGCUGAACAAACAGAACAUCAACUACAAGUACUUCUUCAAAUCGAUGGAUGCUGACUUUGGGGUAGUGAAGGAGGAAAUAGCGGACGAUUCCACCAUAUUGCCAUGCUUCAAUGGGAAGGUUGUGUCCUGGUUGGUGACGGCCGACGGUUCUAACCAGUCGGACUGUUCGGAAAUGCAACCGACUGAAAUGAUCGACGGUAGACCGACACUCGCUCAGUUGCGAACCAUGAACAAACCGAUGAACAACAUGAUGAACAUCCCGAUGAACCCGCUAACGUACCAAUCGGCCUCGGUGGUGUCCAGCGAUCUGGACUCGACCAGUCUGUUCGAAACGGAGAGUGAAAUCACACUAGAUAGGGAUAUGACUGAAUGUAGUAGCGUGCAACGGCUACAGGUACGGAAAAAGCCUCAGCGGCGCAAAAAGCGAGCGCCAUCGAUGUCUCGAACCUCCUCCUACAGUUCCGUCACCGAUUCCACAAUGUCCCUCAACAUCAUCACAGUCCAGAUCAAUAUGGAUACGGUGAACUUCCUCGGUAUAUCGAUAGUCGGACAGUCGAAUCGAGGUGGCGAUGGUGGAAUCUACGUAGGAAGCAUAAUGAAGGGCGGAGCCGUCGCACUCGAUGGUCGAAUCGAACCCGGUGAUAUGAUACUACAGGUGAACGAUGUUAACUUUGAGAAUAUGACCAACGACGAGGCGGUUCGUGUGCUGCGCGAAGUGGUUCAGAAGCCUGGACCGAUCAAACUAGUUGUUGCCAAAUGUUGGGAUCCGAAUCCCAAAGGAUACUUCACGAUUCCUCGCACCGAACCGGUUCGUCCGAUCGAUCCAGGUGCAUGGGUUGCCCACACGGCCGCCCUUCGCUCGCAGGACACUAUCAACACCGAUCUUCCCGAGUCCGUGCUUGAACGGCUACAUGUCGAUAUGGACAUGAAAGAAAUUGUACGUGCAAUGACCAAACCCGACAGUGGUCUUGAGAUUCGAGACCGGAUGUGGCUGAAAAUCACAAUUCCUAACGCAUUCAUCGGCGCCGAUGUCGUCAACUGGAUCCUGGACAAUGUGGACGGAAUCGGCGAUCGGCGGGACGCACGCAAGUACGUCUCGCUGAUGCUGAGGCGGGGCUACAUCAAGCACACCGUCAACAAGCUGACCUUCUCCGAGCAGUGCUACUACGUCAUCGGCAACGGUAUACGGCAGGACAUCUCCAACAUGUCGCUGGACGAUACGGAGAGUAUGCUCAGCGAUAUCGCACCACUGCCAAAUCCACCGAUCUACAUGACCUACUCGGGCAACUACAACCCGUCGCACGGCUACCAGCCGAUCCAGUACGGGUGCACCGGCGAACGGCACCCGUCGUCCGGCUCGAGCAGUUCCGACAUCCUCACCAGCAAGGAUACGUCCGCGUCGCAGAGCGACAUCGCGGCCGUCAUUCAGCAGACCAAUCAGAUGACGAUCGCGAACGCAUCGAACAAGUCGUCCGGAUCCUCGAACCGCGGUAAUGAGCAAGACAUGUCAGAGUUUAAGAUCGGAGGAGGAGGCGGUGGUACUGGCGGUGGCGGUGGAAACAUCGGAGUUGGACUAAUUCGAAAUACCAUCACCAGUUCCGGCAAGCAGGCGCAGCUAAUGCAACAGCAGCAGCAGCAACAGCUUUAUCCGAACCUACAACUUCUGAACAGUGGUAGUGCCAACGACGACGAAGGUUAUGAGGAAAGUUUGUACUUCCAGCCAACGCGAACCCUCCGGAAGGAUCAGAUGGCGAUGAUCUACCAGCACAACAACAGCAGCAGCAACAAUAAUAAUAACAACAACAACAACAGCAGCGGCAACAAAACUCUAUGUGUACACGAGUAAACGACAAAAAAAUAUACGGAUUCUAUAUAUAUUUUACGGAACCAUUGUAAAUGUGUUUUUCUUUUAAAAUAUGCUAUAUUUAUACCGGGCAGCAAUCGAGAUUCAACUAUUAUUAUUAUAUAGCAAACAAAAAAAAACAACAACAAAACGGUGAGUUUGAAGGGAAACCACACGAGAAUUGAAAGUAUUAAUUCAAUUGUUUAACUUCUGACGACACAUGGUGAAUAACUGAAAACAAACACGACUUGGCAUUGUUUAUACUGAUGCAUUUGAAAAUGCCAUGCGCGUAGAAGCUACCGUGCAUAAAUGUAGUGAAACAAAAAUACAGGAAAUUGACUCGUUUUAGUUCGUUUCGUUAACGUUUGGUAUUAAUCAGAGCUAAAAAUCAGCGUUUAAACAAUGUAAACAAUGAAAAUUAAGGUAUUUGGCAUAAAAAUAAAAUAAAGAAAAAAAACUUAUCCUUUCAAAUUGGCACAUACACACAAAGAAAACAGAAGCUACUACCACCAUGCAGCCAAAACGAAUUUAUACGAAGAGAAGACUAAAUCCAACCAUACAGAAGCAGAACCUGGUUGAAAUAACUGGAACUAGUAUAUGUAUUUGCCACAAGAAAAUGGCCUCUGAAGUUGUGCAGUCAGAAGUUGGAAGUAAUUUAAAUAAAUAAUUGCAAGACUAAUUGAUAACAAAA